AUGUAUGUGAGGAGGUGCCUGGUCGGCCUCACGUUUUGUACCUGCUACCUGGCUUCUUACCUCACAAACAAGUAUGUCCUGUCUGUCUUGAAAUUUACCUACCCUACGUUAUUCCAAGGGUGGCAGGCAUUAAUUGGUGGACUUUUGCUUCAUGUGUCAUGGAAACUGGGCUGGGCAGAGAUCAACAACUGUUCAAGAUCUGAUGUUUUGACAUGGCUUCCUGCUUCAGUGCUGUUUGUGGGUAUCACCUAUGCUGGUUCCAGAGCACUGUCCAGACUAGCUAUUCCUAUGUUUCUCAUUUUGCAUAAUGUAGCCGAAGUUAUCAUCUGUGGGCACCAGAAGUGUUUUCAGAAAGAGAAAACAUCUCCUGCAAAGAUCUGUAGUGCCCCCUUCCUCCUGGCUGCUGCAGGGUGCCUGCUCUUCAGUGACUCCCAGUUUGAUCCAGAUGCUUAUUUCUGGGCUGUAAUUCACUUAUGCUGCAUAGUGACAUUGACCAGCAGUACUUAA